GGCAGUUUAAACAUUUUCAACAUUGAAGUAUUACCUUUAUAAGUGGUUUAAACCCUGGGAAUGUAAUGUACAUCCAUGGUGUCAGUGUGUUAAUUAACUGUGCACAUGUGUUCGUGCAAAUGCAUAAAUAUGGGAUCACUAUUCCAUAUCUGUAUCUGAAUUUGAUUAAAUCUGUAACAGGCGGUUAAAAUAGUGAUACAUUUCAAUUGAAGCGAAACCUCUCAGGCGUAUUUGUGGACUUUUAAAUAAUAAGUAAAAUGACAGGUCUUGACAAGAUGGGAUACACGUGAGGAGAUUAUCUUUAAAGACAAAACAGUGUGUAAGUGUGCGUGUUUUCCCACAAGUACCCUAUAUAAAGCUUGGUUAGACCAAUAAGAAGGAUGGUAGAGAAGCUUGUAUGGGAGGAUUAUAUGACAAUAGGCAUCUAUUUUGCCGUUGUUCUUGUUGUCGGACUUUGGUCGACAUGCCGACCAAAUCGAGGGAGUGCAACUGGGUAUUUCCUGGCAGGGAAGAAUAUGCACUGGAUUCCGAUUGGAGCCUCUAUAUAUGCGAGCAAUAUUGGAGCACCCAUGUUUAUUGGCCUUUCUGGUACGGCUGCUGCCAUGGGGUUCUCGGUGACCAUCUACGAGUGGCACUCAAUCUACUUUCUUAUUUUACUUGGCUGGGUGUUCGUUCCUGUAUAUGUAGCAUGCGGUGCUUACACAAUGCCGGAGUAUCUUCGGAAGAGGUUUGGUGGGAGGCGGAUACGACUUUAUUCUUCCGUGCUGUCUCUCGUCGAGUACAUCCUGCAUAAUAUAUCGGCGGAGAUUUAUUCAGGUGCUAUAUUUAUGCAACAACUUCUCGGCUGGAAUAUGUACCUAUGUGUGUUUGUGAUUCUGGCCGUUACUGCAGUUUAUACUAUAGCAGGUGGUCUUGCGUCUGUAAUAUAUACAGAUACUCUACAAACAGUUGUUUUGAUAGCCGGAGCAACUGUAGUAACAUCUAUGUCAUUGUCAGAGAUAGGCGGUUGGGACGGUUUAAUUACCAGGUACCCACAGGCAGCCACAAACUAUACUCUAGCUAACCAGACGCUUUAUCAGUGUGGGAUGCCACGAGAUGAUGCGUUUCACAUAUGGCGGAGUCCUACUACUGGAGACAUACCAUGGCCAGGGGCGGUAUUCGGUUUGACAACACUUGGUCUGUUCACAUGGUGUCAGGAUCAGGUUAUUGUUCAGCGAUGUUUGUCUGCCAAGAAUCUCGGUCAUGCUAAGGCAGGAUCUCUCCUUGCAGCGUUCCUCAAACUGUUCGGCUUCCUGCUGUUUGUUAUACCUGGAAUGAUCAGUAGAAUUUUAUAUACGGAUGAUAUUGCGUGCGCUGACCCAGAUGCAUGUAAUAAGUUUUGUAACAACAAGGCUGGGUGUAGUAAUUUAGCGUAUCCAUUACUUGUUCUCCGGCUUCUCCCUGCAGGCGUCCGAGGACUAAUGUUGGCGGCUUUAUUGGCGGCGUUGAUGAGCUCGCUUACUUCCAUCUUUAAUAGCGCCAGCUCUAUCGUAACUCUUGAUAUAUGGACCCAAUUCCGAAAGAAAGCCAAAGAGACAGAAUUAAUGAUAGUUGGUCGUGUAACAAUACUAGUGCUGAUUGGCGUCAGUAUUCUAUGGUUACCAAUUCUUCAACAGUCCCAAGGUGGUAUCUUAUGGUUCUAUCUUCAAGCCGUGAAGUCGUAUCUUGUGGUGCCCUGGUGUAUGCUCUUCUUACUUGGUUUCUUUUGGAAAAGGAUGACAGAACAGGGUGCAUUCUGGGGGUUAAUGGUUGGAUUAGUUGUUGGUAUGAUUCGGAUGGGUUUGGAUUUUGCCAUUUCUGCUCCAAACUGUGGAAGCGGAGAGGAAGACAAAAGGUUUCCGAUUGUGGCUAAAGUGGACUUCUUACAUUUUGCAAUUAUCUUGGCUGGCGUGAGCACAAUUGCUAUGGUUGUGAUAAGUUUAUUUACAACACCAAGACCUGAAAAGAAGCUUUAUCGUGUCACGUGGUGGACACGUCAUGCUAUACCGGAACCGGAACUUACAGAUGACGAGGAAGAGGAGGAAGCGAAGCAUCAAAAUACCAUGGAAAUAGAAGAACCGGAUAUUUCAAAGAAAUCAGGUAUUGCAAAUUGUUCUCGGUAUUUCAAAAACUGGUUGUGCGGCACCACUGACCAUCCGGAGAAGUAUAUUUCACCGGAAGAGAAAGCAGAGAUUCGCCGGAAGUUGACGUCAUUAGAACAUAAUGCUAAAUGGGGAAAAGUUCUAAAUGUUGGUGCAAUAGCAGUAGCAACUAUAACAGCGUUUUUGCUGGGAUAUUUUGGCUGAAACACAAUUUCCUUAUCAUUUUUUACGUAUUCAUUCAAAAACAUUGCUGGAAAACAUUUUACAUCAAUUAUAGGUUGUUAUAUAGAUCUAUAUGUUGAUAUAUGACUUACAUGUAGUUUAGUUGUCCAUAUUCAUGAAUUUGUCAUAUCUUGUCAUACAGUAUUGCAAUACAAGUUACUAUAAUAUGAUAAAAAUAUGUUGUAAUUAUAACUAGAAAUGUGUCCAUAAGACAC